AUGUCCAACAAGCAGUACAAGACACUAGGCGAGGACCUGUGGCGUCAAGGGACACAGAAAGUGAAUGCUGAAUUGUUUACAUUGACAUAUGGCGCGUUGGUCGUCCAGCUCCUGAAAGACUAUGAAGACUAUGAACAGGUGAACACGCAAUUGGACAAGAUGGGCUAUAAUAUCGGAACACGCCUAAUUGAAGAGUUUCUGGCGCGUAGUCAACUUCCUAAAUGCACUGAUCUCCGUGAAAUGUCGGAGAUUGUGAGCAAAGUGGGCUUUAAAAUGUUCUUGAACAUAACUCCGAACGUAUCUUUCUCUAGUACGAGCGGGAAUGGCAGUGCAACUACUUCAAAUGCCAAUCAGAGCUCAGCGUCUGCAUCUGUUUCCCACUCCAAUACCCCUGCUGUGUCCAGUGAUACUGGUAUGGACACCAGCGCAGGUCUCAAAGAGUUUACGUUGCAAUUCCCAGAGAACCCGCUCGCGGAGUUUGUUGAGCUUCCAGAGGAUGCGAUUCGUGGCGGCCUAUGGUACUCAAAUGUGCUAGCUGGCGUGCUGCGUGGGGCUCUAGAAAUGGUUCAGAUCCAGACAGAGUGUGCCUUUGUAUCGGACACCUUGCGAGGCGACGACACAACAGAGAUUCGUGUCCGCCUGCAGAGGUUCUUGGAGGAAGAAGCCCCGCCUGCAGACGAUUAG